AUGUGCCAUUUUAAAGCUCCGAGUGAGGGCAGUGCAGCUGGAGUGGUGGGCGGGAGCGGAAGUGGAGGGGGUUGGCAGGGGAAGAAUCGGGGCAUGUCGUGUGGAAAGACCUGCCGGGAAGACAGAGAUGACGAGUGGAUGGGGGUGAGCCUGGCCCGGCAGCCCAAGGCUGAUGGCCGCGUGCUGGCCUGUGCCCACCGCUGGAAGAACAUCUACUAUGAAACAGACCACAUCCUGCCCCAUGGCUUCUGUUACAUCAUCCCGUCCAACCUCCAGGCCAAAGGCAGGACGCUGAUCCCCUGCUAUGAAGAGUAUAAGAAGAAGUACGGAGAGGAACACGGCUCCUGCCAGGCUGGGAUAGCAGGCUUCUUCACCGAGGAGCUGGUGGUGAUGGGUGCCCCAGGGUCAUUUUAUUGGGCCGGCACAGUCAAGGUGCUGAACCUUACGGACAACACCUAUUUCAAGCUGAACGACGAAGCGAUCAUGAACAGGCGGUACACGUACCUGGGCUACGCAGUGACUGCCGGCUCCUUCUCUCGCCCGUCCACCACCGACGUGGUGGGAGGUGCCCCCCAGGACGAAGGCGUCGGGAAGGUUUAUAUUUUUAGAGCUGAUCGAAGAUCGGGCACCUUGAUUAAGAUUUUUCAGGCAUCAGGUAAAAAGAUGGGCUCUUACUUCGGCUCCUCCUUAUGCGCAGUUGACCUGAACGCGGACGGCCUCUCUGACCUGCUGGUGGGGGCCCCCAUGUUCUCUGAGAUCAGGGAUGAGGGGCAGGUCACUGUCUACAUCAACAGAGGAAAUGGAGCCCUCGAGGAGCAGCUGGCCCUCAGCGGCGAUGGCACCUACAACGCACACUUUGGGGAGAGCAUCGCCAGCCUGGGCGACCUUGAUGACGAUGGCUUCCUGGAUGUGGCCAUUGGUGCACCCAAGGAGGAUGACUUCUCGGGGGCCGUCUAUAUCUAUCACGGCGACGCUAGUGGGAUUGUCCCUCAGUACUCAAUGAAACUGUCGGGGCAGAAGAUAAGUCCGGUUCUGGGGAUGUUUGGUCAGUCCAUAUCAGGAGGCAUUGAUAUGGAUGGAAAUGGCUAUCCUGAUGUGACUGUUGGAGCCUUCAUGUCCGACAGUGUAGUUCUUCUAAGGGCGAGACCCGUCAUCACGGUGGAUGUCUCCAUCUUCCUCCCGGCCUCCAUCAACAUCACGGCGCCUCAGUGUCACGAUGGGCUGCAGCCUGUGAACUGCCUGAAUGUCACCGCCUGCUUUAGCUUCCACGGCAAGCGUGUUCCAGGAGAAAUUGGCCUCAAUUACGUUCUGACGGCUGAUGUGGCCAAAAAGGCAAAGGGCCAGUUGCCCAGGGUCUACUUUGUGUUGCUGGGCGAGUCCGUGGGUCAGGUCACAGAGAAGCUGCAGCUGGUCCACAUGGAGGAGAUGUGUCACCACUACGUGGCCCACGUGAAGCGGAGAGUUCAGGACGUCAUCAGUCCCAUCGUGUUUGAAGCUGCCUACAGCCUGGGUGAGCAUGUGACCGGAGACGAGGAGAGGGAGCUGCCGCCUCUGACACCAGUGCUCCGCUGGAAAAAGGGACAGAAGAUUGCCCAGAAGAAUCAGACCGUCUUCGAAAGGAAUUGCCGUUCAGAGGAUUGUGCCACAGACCUGCAGCUUCGGGGCCAGCUGUUGCUCUCCAGUGUGGAUGAGAAAACCCCAUACCUAGCUUUGGGAGCUGUGAAGAAUAUCUCCCUAAACAUCUCCAUCUCAAACCUUGGGGACGACGCCUACGAUGCCAACGUGUCCUUCAAUGUUUCCCGCGAGCUCUUCUUUAUCAACAUGUGGCAGAAGGAGGAAAUGGGCAUUUCCUGUGAACUGCUGGAAUCAGACUUCCUCAAAUGCAGCGUGGGAUUUCCUUUCAUGAGGUCCAAGUCAAAGUAUGAAUUCAGCGUGAUCUUUGACACCAGCCACGUGUCUGGGGAAGAGGAAGUUCUUAGCUUCAUCGUUACCGCUCAGAGUGGCAACGUGGAGCGCUCCGAGUCCCUGCAUGACAACACCCUCACGCUGACGGUGCCGCUGAUGCACGAGGUGGACACGUCCAUCACUGGAAUCAUGUCUCCAACCUCCUUUGUGUACGGCGAGUCUGUGGAUGCAUCCAACUUCAUUCAGCUGGAUGACACGGAGUGUCACUUUCAGCCCCUCAACAUCACCCUUCAGGUCUAUAAUACUGGGCCAAGCACCCUUCCUGGGUCAUCUGUCAGUAUCACUUUCCCCAAUCGACUGUCAUCUGGAGGUGCAGAAAUGUUUCAUGUCCAGGAGAUGAUGGUGGGCCAAGAGAAGGGAACCUGUUCUUUCCAAAAAAACCCAACCCCCUGCAUCAUCCCUCAAGAGCAAGAAAAUAUCUUCCAUACGAUAUUUGCCUUUUUCACAAAGUCUGGAAGAAAAGUCUUGGACUGUGAAAAACCAGGAAUCUCUUGCCUAACAAUGCACUGUAACCUUAGCGCGCUUGCUAAAGAAGAAAGUCGUACUAUAGACAUUUACAUGCUGCUGAACACAGAAAUAUUGAAGAAGGACAGUUCAUCUGUCAUCCAAUUCAUGACCCGUGCCAAGGUCAAGGUGGAUGCUGCCCUGAGGGUGGUGGAGAUAGCCAAUGGGAACCCAGAAGAGAUGACGGUGGUCUUCGAAGCCUUGCACAAUCUGGAGCCCCGUGGCUAUGUCGUGGGCUGGAUCAUUGCCAUAAGUCUGCUGGUGGGAAUACUCAUCUUCCUGCUCCUGGCUGUUCUGCUCUGGAAGAUGGGCUUCUUUCGCCGAAGGUACAAAGAAAUUAUUGAAGCCGAGAAAAACCGGAAAGAGAACGAAGACAGUUGGGACUGGGUCCAGAAAAACCAGUGA